AUGUCCAACUUUUCGGCGCCGGGUGGCUCUGGCGCGCCCGACACCGACUCCAGUGCCAACUUUGAGUCGCUCCUAGCCCAGCUCCGACGCCAAUCCUCGCCUAGUCCUGGACCUGCCGCCGCGCCUGACCCCUUGGGUCAGUUUGGCUUCAACCAGGGCAACCAGUCGUUUUACGGUCACCACCCCAAUCCCGACUCUCCUAACCUGCCCAAUUUCCAGGGUACCAUGGAUUCGCCUGCUUUCCUUCCCGAGGCUCCCACACCACCAGUUAACUUCUCCCACUCCCAAUUCCCCCCUGGCUUGAUGAAUCCAAUCGGCACGGGCCGCGCAGGUGGAGGUGGCGGCGGCGGCGGCGGAGACGAUCGCACAGCUCAUCUGUUAAAUCUCCUCAAGUUUAGCGGACAAGGCGGUUCUUCGAAUCCGCCCCAUUCAUCUCGUGAGCCCUCGCUCAACUUUGCGCCCGCUCCCCCAGCUCGAGUGGUGCCUCCGAUCAUCCAUGCACCCGCUCCGACGUCGGCAGACCCAACUGGCCUUCUUGCGGCCCUGAUGAAGGGAACACUGCAGCCAGAACCGCCAAAGCCAGAGCCUCCGUCGGCAGCGUGGAACCCAGCCGUUCCUCCUUCCGAUACCCAACAGUAUCUGCUGAACCUUCUAAACCGACCCAAGCCGAGUCAAAACGAUCUGACCGAUUCCAACCUGUUGACCCCGCCCCCUGGUGAAGACGAUGCAAGAGAUGGAGAUGGCUCAAAUGGCGCUCGGUCUGCUGAGCCCACUCUUGUUGGCACUCUGCCAUCACGAUCGGAAUUCGAUUUUGAACCUAAGGGGCUGGGAUCGCCUCCGAAAUAUGGCUCAACUCCCCAGUCCCAGCAUUCGCAAGCGGUCUCGACGACAAAGUCGGCUGUCCAUGGCGGCUACUCGAACCCAUUCGAGGAUCUCUCUGGAUCUUCUCCCUUGAACCGGACGCCCAAGUCUUCCACAACGCCCGGAGCAUCUGGCCCCCCGACAAGCGCCAGCUUUUCUGCACCUGUCUCAAUCCAGAUCCUCAAGAAGCCAGACUCUGCCGCCCAGUCUCCAGAUCAGAAGCGGUCUUUGAGUGAUCGUAGCAUAGGAGGCAGUCCAGAGCACUCGAGACGUAAGCUUACGCAUGCGCCCUCGCCUCUCUCUCACGGAAACGUUCCUCGCCCCGCCCUCGUGAGCGUAUCUCCCUUGUCCGAUACUAGCGCCGAACAGGCUCAGCUAGUUUUGGCCGGGGAGAGCUCCGCCGAGGAUAACAAGAAGGAGAGCGUGGCAGACGCUCUGAGCGGGCUUGCCGAGCAGGUUGACAGAGAGGCCCGGGAGGCUCUGACUCGCGCUGAGGACGUGAAAAUCAAGGAGAUUGCCCAAGACAUGGAGGAUAUGAUGAACGCCCGAACCGACGAGCAGUUUGUGCAGUCCGCGCAAAUUACCGCCCAGGCUAUUAUCAAGGAGCUUGACAAGGACGAGAAUAAGACGGCCCUCGACUCCCUGGAACCGGGACUCGCUAGGGAAGCGAAUGAUAUUCUCGACGAGGCUGUUCAAGGUCAAGGGAACUUGGCCCCAGUGGCUGAUAGCUGGGAGAGCGCCGAAGCCGACGAGAUUGUGGUGAUUGAGGAAACCGCGACUCCCAUCAAGGUUUAUAAUUUCCCCAUGAAGCCCUGGAUAUCCAUCGCUGUGCAAGAGACGGAUGAGGUUCGCCCCGUUUUCCGUGAGGAGUCUAUUUUAGACAUCGCACGACUGAAGAAGGAUUUCGACCAAAACGACCGCAACCUCGUUUCUGCGUCGGAGACGUACAUGGCUUAUGGCAUGUCUAAGGCGGGCGGACUUAGAGUGAUCAGGCAAGAGGACGGCAAGGACGCCAAACUUUUCACUGACACCAAGGACCGGAUCUUCAACGUGGCCAUCUCAACGUCGCCUUCAAAUCAGCACGCCAAGGAAGCAAUCAUUGGUACUGGUGUCAGUGGUACCGUCUAUUGGGUGCAGCUCAAGAAGGGCAACCGUGACCACUUGGAGGAUGCUCACCCUGAGCAGUAUGGAUUCGCCCUACCACCCAUUUCUGGUCAGGAGGGCGGCGAUACACCAGGCGGCGUCCUCAAGACCCGAGCCAGGACCUCUUCGAUGCACCCGGACUUUUUUGCUGUCGGCCGCGGCAAGUCGAUCAACAUCAUCUGGCCCUCCUUUAUCUUUGAACACAAUCUGUUCAAGACUGGUCACGACCGCGUCGUGGAUACGGAGAAGCUUCUGAAGCAGUGUUCGUUGAAGAUCAACACUGGCAAGGCUGGGAAAGACUUCACUUUCAGCCAAGACGAUACUUUGAUGGUCUCACUGGAUAAGUCUGGCCGGGUCAAGUUCUGGGAUGUGCGUGACCUGACGGCGACGAAGGAAGGGUCAGAACCCUCAAAUCCUCUGCCCUCGCGGACGUCUCUCGAGAUCAAGGAACCACUGAUGACCUUGACCUCUACGCCCGAGGGCGAGAAGGCAUGGCCUACCUCUGUAUUGCUGCUGGAUAAGUUCCGGCCGUAUCAGAGGCGUGCCGCCUUGAGAUACAUGAUCGUGGGCAUGAAGCAGAAUCACACUCUUCAGCUAUGGGAUUUAGCAUUAGGGAAACCGGUCCAGGAGUUCAAUUUCCCGCACAACAAGGAGUCAGAUGCGGUCUGCAGCGUCAUGUACCAUGCUCCGUCGAGCAUGAUUGUUGUCGGGCACCCAACCCGCAACUCGAUCUACUUCCUCCACCUCUCAGCGCCAAAGUAUAACCUAAAGAACGUGACCCAGGUGGAUUACAUCGAGCGGCUCGCCGCCCAAGAUCAGUCGGUCCCCCUGCCAGAGGCAACUGCCGUCAUUAGUGGUAUUCGGGAGUACUCUUUCGCGAACAAGGGUGUACUGCGCAGCCUUAACAUUCUCGAAAACCCCGCCUCGUCUGGCGACGGAGAUGAGCCAACCCUCUUUGAGCUGUACGCUAUGCACUCCAAGGGUGUCACCUGCCUCAACAUUAAGCAGAGCGAAUUGGGUUGGACCAAGGAUAACAAGGUUAUCGUUUCCGCUGAUGCGGUGGAGCUUGGCAUGGUGAAGAUCUCGAAGCUUAUCUCGCCCCCUCUGCCACAGCCUGCAGACCCGCAGCACAUCAAUACCCCGAGCAACGAAACCCCGGUCCCCCAGAUCCGCAUUGCUACGCGCAGCGCCAAGGAUACGCAGCAAAAGACGCCGCCUCAAGGCGACGACAAGAAGGGUCCCGAGUCUGCGACACCGGCGAAACUGGAUCAAAAAGCGGAGGUCGAGGCCCAGACCCCGAUGCAUCAGCCCGAGAAGGCAGAGAAGAAAGGCCGGAAAAAGAAGGGCCAGGCAGCUGCACAGGCGGCGGCGGCGGCUGCAGCUGCAGCAUCUGCGGCAGGUGCGGCAGGUACGGCCGAUCGCGACUUCGGCUCAAACGGUGCGGUCGAGCUAAGCCGAACUUCGUCGCAAACCAAAACUGGAAAGAGCUUGACCCGCGCCGGCGGCGACGCAUCUUCCACACUUGCCUUGACCCACCAGCUCAGUGAUCUCACGUUGGUACCCGCCGCUGUUUCGCCUGAGCACCUCGAUGCUGUGGUUGCCAGCAUGGAGUCGCGAAUCGUGACCAAGCUGACUGACCGGUUCGAUGCCCUUUUCAACGAGCUUCUUAAGCAGAUGCACUCUUUCCAGGAAAACCGCGACACGGCCUUUGUCACAAACCAAUCCGCCCUACUUCAAAUGGUUGCCGACGUCUUGAACGACAAUACUGAGGCUGUUCUGAAAACUCUCAUCAUCGAGCAAAUUAACACGACCGUCAUCCCAUCUAUCCGCAACGCAGUAGAGAAUUCAGUUUCAGAUCAGGUAAGCGCCAAAGCUACCGCUCAGCUUAACGCCCUGCAGAAGGAGGUCCAGAGGCUCCUGCCUGGCGCCGUCAGUCAAUCCAUGCAGAAACCCGACAUCGUCAAAAACAUUACAGACAAGAUUAGCCACAACGUCAACGCCCACGUAGAUUCACUCAUUCAGAAGGCAUUCGCCAACCAGGCGCCUAACAUCGCCAAAAUGACAGCCCAAACCGUGCAGCAGCGCAUCGUUGAUGAUGUCAGCAAUCAGCUCAGCUCAGCUUUAGAGCGGCUCGAGGGCCGCAGGCGCGACGACGAUGCAAAGCUCGAUCGUCUCAUUGCACAGACUGCUGAUCUCUCCGGCAUGAUCUCGACGUUGGCCGCCUCUCAAACCCAGAUGCAGAGCGAAUUUGCCUCUCUUAAGCAGCAGAUGCAGCAGAUGCAGCAGAUGCAAGAGCAGAGCCGGAUGCAAGAGCAGAGCCGGAUGCAAGAGCAGAGCCGGAUUCAAGAGCAGAACCGGGAGCGCGAACUGUCUGCUGCCGCAGAAUCCACCCACAGCCAUGCCCAUUCUCGCGACAGCGGCGGAUCGCACGGCCAGGUUGGCACUGCCACCCGAGAGGCUAUCAAUUACCCUACGCAACACCAGCAUCAGCCUGCCCACGCACACGCACAUGCCCAUCAGCGCCAGCAUCAGUUUGGCGGACACGACCAGCAGAUUGGCUUUGCGCCCGCGGCCCGCGAAGCGCCCGAGGAGAACUUGGUCGAGAUAAUUGAUGCAUUGAUGCGAUCCAACAAUUACGACGAGGCCAUUCUGCGCUGGCUCCAGUCUGGCGACAGGGCUGAGGAGAUCUUCCAGAAGGUACUCUCCAAUUACAACCCGGUCUUCCUUGCAAACUUCCAGCCUCUUCUGCUUUUGUCUGUGGGCGCCACGGUCUCUCUCGAGUUUUCGCGUAGCACGCCGAAGAUGAUUCAGAAGGUUGGCUACAUGGAGGUCGUUAUCUAUGCGUUCAAUCAGAUCUUGCCGACCUUGGAUGACCAAGUUCGCGAGGUGACACCCAAGAUCAUGUCGCUCUUGAAGACGCGAGUUGAGCAGCUCUUGCUUGACAUCAGCCGUGUGGCACCGCUUGACAAUUCUCUCAAGACACUUGCCAGCAUGGGACACAUUGCUGGCCGCAUUGCCGACAGCAUCCAGUCCCAGAACAUGUCGGCUCACGGAAGCAGCAUCUACUAG